AUGUCCGCCCAAGUUGCUAAGGCCGAGAACCCCUGCCGAUCCCUUCGCUUGUCGAAGUUGGUCCUGAACAUCUCCGUCGGAGAGUCCGGUGAUAGACUCACUCGUGCCGCCAAGGUUCUCGAGCAGCUGUCCGGUCAGACCCCCGUCUACAGCAAGGCCCGUUACACCGUCCGUACCUUCGGUAUCCGCCGUAACGAAAAGAUCUCCGUCCACGUCACCAUCCGCGGCGCCAAGGCUGAGGAGAUCCUCGAGCGUGGCCUCAAGGUCAAGGAGUACGAGCUCCGCAAGCGCAACUUCUCUGAGACCGGUAACUUUGGAUUCGGUAUCAGCGAGCACAUCGAUCUCGGUAUCAAGUACGAUCCCGGCAUUGGUAUCUACGGCAUGGACUUCUUCGUCUGCAUGGACCGCCCCGGUGCCCGUGUUGCCAAGCGCCGUCGCUGCCAGUCCAAGAUCGGUGUCAACCACCGCAUCACCACCUCCGAGACCAUGAAGUGGUACAAGACCAAGUACGAUGGAAUUAUCCGUUAA